UUCUAACUUUGCUCUAGUCUAGACGAUUUUUUUCCUUUUUUUGUUUGUUUGGUGAUAAUGUCGGAUAAAGGAGGAGGUCUUGCGAUCGGUGGCACGACAAAUUCUUGCGUAGGUGAGAGUCAGAUCAUCCCUAAUGAUCAAUGUAACCAAACGAUGCCUUCUUACAUGGACUCUGAGCGGUUGAUUGGUGAUGCUGCCAAGAUUCCGGAUAACACUGUCUUCGAUGCAAGAAAACAGGAAGAGGAUGAAGAAGCUAAGCAACUAUUAGUAGAUAUGAUAGUGAAUGAAACAAUGAAGAAUACAACUUUCAUGGAGAGCUUAAGAAAAACCAAAGUAGAUACUGCAUGGGACGAAAAGAGAAAACAAGAAAAAGAGGAGCUGAAGAAGAAAAGAGAUGAGAUGAAGAAAAAAAAAGAGGAGCAGCAGAAGAAAAAACAAUACAAGGCCAUGGGUAAGAAGAACAAAAAAUAA